AUCAACUUAUUUUCGUAGUGCAUUGUCUGAUAAAUGGGCUGAAAGAAAAGAUGGUUAUUUUGUUUUAUCAAAACCUAAUAUAAGAGCUUUAAUUUUUAAAUUUAUUCUCAAGUUCUUGUAUUGUGGAGUAGUGGAUUUAGAAAACCAAGAUGAAGACACAAUCUUAGAGCUUUUGGUUGCUGCUGAUGAACUUUUAGUCCAAAGACUUAUUGAUUUCGUUCAAGAUUUUUUAAUCAUGGAUUGUUAUAAUUUCUUCUUAGAUAGCCCUGCUAAAAUUCUUCAUUUUAUUGUUCGCAAUAAACAAUUCAAUAAACUUGAAGAAGGUUAUUUGAAGGUCAUUUGCGAUGAUCCUCUUUUAAUAUUUAAGUCAGAUGAUUUCUUUAGAAUAGAAGAAGAUGCAUUAAAAUUAAUUUUUAAAUGUGAUAACCUCGAUAUGGAAGAAAGAGCUAUCUGGCGUGCACUA